AUGAGCCACACCACCGAGCAGCCCAGCGACCCACAGCACCAGGCAGCCCAACGACCCACACCAUCAGGCAGCCCAAUGACCCACACCAUCCGGCAGCCCAACGACCAACGACCCACAGCACCGGGUGUAGCCCAACGACCCACAGCACCCACAGCACCCGGCGGCCCAACGACCCACAGCACCCGGCGGCCCAACAACCCACACCACCCGGCAGCCCAACAACCCACACCACCCGGCGGCCCAACGACCCACAGCACCCGGCGGCCCAACGACCCACAGCACCCGGCGGCCCAACGACCCACACCGCCCGGCAGCCCAACGACCCACAGCACCCAGCAGCCCAACGACCCACAGCACCCGGCAGCCCAACGACCCACAGCACCCGGCAGCCCAACGACCCACAGCACCCGGCAGCCCAACGACCCACAGCACCCGGCAGCCCAACGACCCACAGCACCCGGCAGCCCAACGACCCACAGCACCCAGCAGCCCAACGACCCACACCGCCCGGCAGCCCAACGACCCACACCGCCCGGCAGCCCAACGACCCACACCGCCCGGCAGCCCAACGACCCACACCGCCCGGCAGCCCAACGACCCACACCGCCCGGCAGCCCAACGACCCACACCGCCCGGCAGCCCAACGACCCACACCGCCCGGCAGCCCAAUGCCCAACCACCCACACCACAGGGCCCCCCCAGGGCUAUACCCUCGCAAGACCACGGCUGGGGAAGGUGCAGAAGGAUAUGGACCAAGACUGA